GGCUCCAGAACCUGGAAUGCAAAAGCCAGGUCAGGGAUAGAAUGAGACACUGGCUAUGUCCCAGGGGCUGCUGCUGUGGCUGCUGCUGAGCCCAAGUGUGGUGUGGGCCUCCAGGGGCCCCCUUCGGCCACUGUGCCGGCCUGUCAACGCAACCCUGGCUGCAGAGAAUGAGUUCUGCCCAGUCUGCAUCACCUUCACCACCAGCAUCUGUGCCGGCUACUGUCCUAGCAUGGUUCGAGUACUGCCAGCUGCCUUGCCUCCCGUGCCUCAGCCAGUGUGCACCUACCGUGAGCUGCGCUUCGCCUCUGUCCGCCUCCCUGGCUGCCCACCUGGUGUAGACCCCAUAGUCUCCUUUCCUGUGGCCCUCAGCUGCCGCUGUGGGCCCUGCCGUCUCAGUAGCUCUGACUGUGGGGGUCCCAGGACUCAACCAAUGACCUGUGACCUUCCCCACCUCCCCGGCCUUCUCCUCUUCUGAUGCCCACCCACUAACUCCCCAUUCUUCUGGAGCCAGCAGGUGUUCUAACCAUCCCUCCCAAUAAAGGCUUUACAACUGCA